AUGGACGGGUUGCUGCAGGAGGCGAGGGGCGUGGCGGUGCGGCUGCCAGCGGUGGCGCAGCUGCAGGCCCGGCGGGACGACGCACGGCGCUGGGGAGAGAGGGCACGCGCACUGCUGGCGGCACUGGGGGGCAAGGAUGGGGGGAGGGGCAAGCAGGCACACAAACAGGGAAAAAAAGAAGGGCAGGGGCAAGAGGAGGGGCAGGGGCAUGCAGGAGCAGCUAGUGUGGCAAGCAGCAAGUGUGGCCCGGGCAGCCCUCCCCCCUCCAGACUCUCUCCCCCUUCUGCUCCCCCCACCACACCUGCUCCUGCCACCCCCCUGCCUGUCACUCGCACCACCGCUGCUGCUGCUCCCUCUCCAGCAACCCCUCCUCCCACCGUUGCUGCCUGCACUCCCUCUUCCCACCACCCUGCAUCCAUCCCCACUCCGUCUGCCACAGCCCCUGCUGCGCUCACAGCUUCUGCCACUGACGCCACCCCUCUUGCUGCCCCUUGCCCUGCCGCUGUCCAAGCUACUCUGCUUCUCCCGUCGCCUUCCGCCGCUGUCCCACUUGCCACUGUCACACCCGCCACUGUCACACCCGCCACUGUCACACCCGCCACUGUCACACCCGCGUCGGGCAGGCAGAGCGGGUGGAAGGAGGAGCUGGCAGCGCUGGUGGAGGCCGGCACGCGCAUGCACGUCACUCUGGGCGAGAUGGAGCAGGUGCAGCAGCAGCUGCAGCGCAUGCAGUGGGAGGAGGCGGCGGAGGGGGCGCUCAUGCGCCGUGCAUCAGUGGACGAGCUGCUGGCGCUGCAGGCGCAGGGGGAGCGGCUGCCCACGGGCAGUGCAGUGGUGGCGCGCGUGCACGCGGUGGUGGCGGCAGGCAGCGACUGGCAGGCCAGGGCGCAGAGGGCGCUGCAGGAGGGGUGCAGCCUGGAGGAGGGCGAGGCGAUGAGCAGGGAGGCGGAGGCCAUCCCAGCAUCGCUGGCAGGCCAUGCUCACCUGAUGUCAGUGCUGGCGUCAGCAAGGGCAGCAGCAGCUCGAGGCGACCAGCUGCUGCUGGCUGCCUUGACUGCAGAGGUCGUUGCGCUGCCCGUGCGUCCACCGCACGCACCACAGCUCGCCUCGCUGCUCUCUUCUCUCGCCGCCUGGCAAUCCGCCACCUCACACGCCCUCCACACCGCCACCACCUUUCUCUCACCACCCACCACAGUCACACCGACCACAGCAGCUGCAGCACAGAGCACCCAAGCCAGCCCGGCUGCAGUGCCCAUCGCCGCCGAGUCAGGCGCCACACCCCUUGCAUCAGCACCAGCUGCGCCUGCAGGCAAGCCCCCCCCGGAGCUACUGGUGCCGGCAGCAGCAGCGAGCGCCAGUGCGGCUGAGCUGUCGUCGCUGCUCACCCAGGGGGCAGCACUGGGCGUGGCGGUGCCCGAGCUGCCGGCUGUGCGCGCGGUGGUGCAGCGCCUGCACUGGGAGGUCGCCGCCCAUGCCCUGCUGUCUGGCACUGCAGAUACUGCGGUGCAGAGUGGUGGUGUGGCGCAGGACAGUGCGGUGCAGGGUGGUGGUGAGAGGCGAGGCAAGCCCAGCGUGGAGGAGGUGGAGGCACUGGUGGCGGCUUACCCACUCACUGAUGCGCUCGCCCACCCUCCACCCCACCCAACGCCAUCAGCACCACCACUACCAUCAGCAGCUCCAUCCGAGGGCCUUGCUCAGCCUGCUGCAUCCGCCCCCUCUCCGCCCCCCUCGGCGCGCCUCUCCCUGCUGCACUCAGCCCUGGCGGACGCACGGCAGUGGGUGCAGGCGGCCAAUGAGAUGCUGACACGUGGCCCUGCCAGCUGUGAGGUGCAGGAGGUGGAGGCGAUGGUGGCACGUGGCAUGGCCUUGCAGGUGUGUGUGCACGACAAGUGCCACCAGCUCAGCACCGUCAUCGCCUCCCACAGGGAGUGGGUCAGCGAGGUGCAGCAACUGCUCGCCCCACGCCUCCCUGCGCCCACCUCACCACCUCCGCUGCUGCCCCGUGCACCUGCCACAACACUUGCGCACCUCAAGGGCCUCCAGGUGCGCGGCAGCAGCAGCGUGGUGGCGAGCGGGGAGGCCCGGCAGGUGCAGCAGGCAGUGGCAGCGCUGGACGACUGGCUCGUUGCCUGCUGUGCUGCCCUCCGGGGGGGCUCAGGGGACGAGGGGGCGAGAGGAGGAGGCGAGGGGGCACAAGGGGAGGGGAGUGUGGCACCAGGGGAGGGUAAGGGGCUGCACGGGGAGGGCAAGGGGCGGGUGUGUGAGGAGGAGGUGGUGCGGAAGCUGAAGCACAUGCACAGCAGCGUGCAAGCAGCUCUUCAUCGCAUCUCCUCCCUGGCCCGCCGCACCGCUGCCCUCUCACACCUCACUGCUCUGCCGGCUCAACCCUUCUCUGCGUCAGCCAAUGCUCCUCAUCCCGCAGUGCUGGCAGGCAGUGCAGUAGGUGCCACCGCAGAUGCCGUGGCUGCCGCCGCAUCUCCCGCAGCCACGGCCCCCACAGCCACAGCACCAGCUCAUGCGCCGGCACCAGGUGUGGCACCGGCAGUAGCAGCAGCAGUGCGAGGGGCGCCAGAGGCAUCAGAGGCACCUGUACCUGCUCCGCCUGGUGCUGCUGCGGCGGCGGUUGCUGGAAGCGUCUCUUCGUCCGACACCGUUUGCUGGUGUGCGGUGCUGCACCACGCCCACCCUGCAUGUGCUGCUUCUGCUGGUUUCUCUGGCGGCAGCGACGGGCAGGCAGUGGUUGGCGGGCAGGCGGGAGGAGGCGGUGGGGAUGUCCGGGUUCGGGGAAAGCGCAGCGGUGGGAGGAGAGCCGCUGCUGUUGUGUGCGGUGCUGUUGGGCGAGAGAGUGGUGCAGGCGGCGCAGGGAUGUCAUGGGAGAAGAGGGAAGAGAAGGCAGGAGAAGCAAGAGGCGAUAGGGAAGGGAAUAUGGGAGCAGUGCGUUUGGAGAAGGGUGAAGCAAAGGAGGAGGAGCAGAACCUGCUGCAAUUCCCAUUCCCUCCAUUGUGUGUGCCUUCCCUCCGACCGCCUCCCCUUGCCUGCCUCACUCUACACCCUCACAGAUUCCACGCCGACUGUCUCUCAUACUUGCAUGCUGCCGCCCCCUCCGCCGCUCAAGACGAGCAGCAGCAGGAGAAGGCGCAAGAGCAGAAGCGAGAGGCAGCAGGGCAGCAGCAGGCAAGGGCAGAGCAGGGUGGGGGGGCGGGUGGUGGGGUAGUUCCACCAGGUACAGACAGAGACAGCCACCCACAGCCGCAGCAGCGGCAACGGCACGACCAGAGCACUGAGAAACAGCAGCCGUUGCCGCCGCAGCAGCAGCAGCAGCAGCAGCAGCAGCAGGGUCCCUUCACAUGCCCGUUCUGCUCCUCCCUCGCCUCAGCAGCCGUCACACCUGCCGUCUCAGCAUUGUUCCAUGUACGUCCUGCCGCCCCACUGCUCCUGCUAAAAUGCCAUACCACCACAGGAGCACGCUUGCACGUCCCUCUUCCACUUGCACGUCCCUCUUCCACCUGCACGUCCCUCUUCCACCUGCACAUGCAUCCGCCUCACUUGCCACCAGCAGCGCGACCUCGUCGCCUGCCCCGCGUGUCGCUGCGGUGCUUGGUGGGCCUGCUCUCUCGCGCUCUCCCUCUCCACCCCAGGAUCGCAGCCGUGCACAGCUUGGAGCAACUCGUCCAAUCAGCAACGCGUUGCUCUCACUUGCUGACAUCAGCGCUCUCCACCACCCUGUCCUUGCCACGUCAUGCCGAACCCCUGCCUCCCUCCAUACUCAGCUGUCUGCUUCAGGUGGCCUCCUGUCUUCCACUCGACAUGCCACUUGCCUCUCCGCCAUCGCUCUCCUCCACUGCCCCUGCUGCCACACCAGCGGCACCAGAUUCAAUAGCAGCGCAGGCAGCAGAGCCUCUUGCCUCGUGGCUGCUGCACGUGAAUGCAGUUCUCUCACCGCCCACACGCCAGCAGCAGCAGCAGCAUCUGGUGCAAGGGGAUCACACGAAGCAUGUCACCGGCACUGCAGCUGCUGCCGCGGCAGCGACUGUGGGAGUGGUGGCUGGAGGGCAACAGGAGGUGCAGCAGUCGGCAGGGCAGAGCGCCAAGGAUGGUGGAGGAGGGCCAACAGUGCCGACAGGGCCAGCGGCAGCGGCGGUGUCGGAGGCAGGGACAGGCUGCUCUGUUGAGGCGGGCGGCACGCUGGCGGUGAUGCAGAGGGCAGUGGCCGCCCACUGCUGGAGGGCUGCCACGUGUAGUGCUCUCUUUGGCCGCCCACGGCCCCGACCUUCCACCCUGGCACAGCUGGUGCAGACGGGCUCGCACACAGUAGGCACAACUGAUGCCGUUCUCGGGGAAGCCAAACAGCGACACGAGGCAGCUUCUGAGUGGCUGUCUUGCUUCAGCAAGGCACUCUCAUCUCAGUCACAGCUGUCAGAGCGCCAGGCCGCCCAGCGUCUGUCACAUCUGCGCGCGCUCAUCAGCCACGCCUCUGCCCUGCCUGUGGACCUGCGCCCAGAGAUCAAGACCCUGCGCCGCGCUGUGGCCCGCCUGGCAUCGCGCCUCAAGGCUGAUACCGCUGCAACUACUCCUCCUGCCACUCAAUCGCCUCCUCCCACCGCACCACCCACUGCAUCGCUGCUCACCGCACCCUCUCCCGCACGCACAGCGACGCCUCUGGCUGUAGCAAAAACUGUAGCGCCGUCAGGCAAAGCAGCUGCGACAGCACGUGGGGGAAUCGGCACCGCAGGUGCUGCCUCGGAACUGAAGGCGUCCGGGCUGAAAGGCUCUCGCAGUGCCAAGCGGAAGCUGGCAGCAGGCGGGGAAGGCAAGGCAGUGCGUGUGGCUGGCGCUGGUGCCACGGCCGCAGCCACCAAGGGCAAGAGGAGCCCUCGCGCCCUGCACGCAGCGGCCCUGCAAGGAGGCAGCUGCAUGGCCGUGCCUGCUUGUGCUACAACCUGCCCCCGUGGCCCGACUGUAACAUACGAGCCUGCCCCCGCCUCCUGCAUCGCCUCACCGCUUCUGCCUGCCUGCUCCUCCCUUCCUCAACCCACCGAUCCAUCCCGCAUGGCCUCUCGCCCUCUCUCCCCUUCACUCCCUGCCCCCCCGGCCACCUCCCCUGCUGCUGCUCCUCUGCCUGCACCGCUGGCAUCGCCAGAUGCCUGCCCGCCUGCCCCAGGGGGUGAGGCAGGGGCAGGCGUGAGAGUGAGUGGGAAGAGGAGCAGGUCCGUGAGGAAGAGGAGGAGAGAGGUAGGGGAGGGGAGUGGUGGGGGAGGCGGUGAGGUGAGGGCGGGAGACAGCAGCGAUGGCGAUGGCGAUGGGGAUGGGGAUGGGGAUGGGGAUGGGUGUGCUGGCAGUGCGGGAAGUGCUGGUGGGGUGCAGCGCAGCAAGGCAGCAGCAGAAGAACAAGCUGCUGUGCUGCUAUCAGCUGACUCGACCGCCAAGGUUGCCAGCUCAGCAGCCAAGGUUGCUAGCUCAGCAGAAAAGGCUUGCUGCCUAGAAGGGAAGGGCGGUGAGGGUCAGAGGAGGAAAGGCAGGGGAGAUAGCCAAGAUAAGAGAAGUGGAGACAGGGUGCGGGCGAUUGAGAGUGGCAUGCCAGGCACACGCACAGCAGGCCAGGGGAAGAUGAGCCCUCGGCCACAUGAAAGCGCAACAGCAGGCCAGGGGAAGAUGAGCCCUCGGCCACAUGAAAGCGCAACAGCAGGCCAGGGGAAGAUGAGCCCUCGGCCACAUGAAAGCGCAACAGCAGGCCAGGGGAAGAUGAGCCCUCGGCCACAUGAAAGCGCAACAGCAGGCCAGGGGAAGAUGAGCCCUCCGCCACAUGAAAGCGCAACAGCAGGCCAGGGGAAGAUGAGCCCUCGGCCACAUGAAAGCGCAACAGCAGCGGCAGCAGAGGGUGUGACAGUUGGCAGUGCGUGGCAGCAUGGCAGAGCGAGUGAGAGUGAGAGUUUGGGGCGAGAGGGUGCAGCAGGUGGUGCAGAAGGUGGGAGCAGGGGAGGCGGGGUGGUGGAGGGAGGGGCGGGUGGAGGAAGGCGGUCGGUGCGCAGCACAGCAGGCCGGCACCCUGGCUUCGAUGGCUUCCUGCUGCUGCCCCGCAUCCGAUGA